AUGGUUAAGAUUUCGGCACGAGUUUCAGACGAGAAGAGAAUGAACAGUAGUGUAAAGAAAGAGCCCGAGAAUAAGAAGAGGGACUUGGAUACUGUAUAUAUGACUGAUCUGGUUGAAUAUCACGGCAAACGGAGGAUGAAUUGCAUUGAAAAAGACUGUCUUGAUCAAUUGCAAAUGGAUAAGAAUCUUACUACACAUGCUGCUUGUUUGGCGUUUUCUUAUUUACAUGUCAUGUUUUUUCAGAUAGACACACUAUCCAGGAAGUUACUUGAAAUGAAAUCCUUGAGGCGGAAGAAGUCUGAUGAGAAUCCCUUGUGUGUUGAAGAUGAUAAGAAGAGACAAGAGGAAUAUGCUAAAAAUCUUCUACUGGGAAGGGAGGAUUCCAAACAGAUGGUAAAAAUGGUAAUUGAAGAUCUUAGAGGAAAAGUGCAAGGGAUGAAUAAUCUUGGAAAUGAAAACGAGGCUUUAAAAAACAAGAUUAAAGAGUUGAAUGAGGAUCUUCUACAGAAGCAAAUUGAGAUUACUGAAAUAGAGGAACUAAAUCAAACCCUUUUGAUCAAAGAAAGAAUUUGCAAUGACGAACUGCAGGAAACUCGUAAAGAGUUGAUUAAGGUACUCUUCUAUUGGAUUCAUGAGACCAUUAUGCUACUUAUUAGGUUGUUACAUGACGAUUGGUCUUCUAGAGUUAAGGGGUAA